AUGAAUAGUGAAUCGGAGGUAAAAAACCAGGGUGGAUCAAAUCAAGACGGGAAGCGUUUAUUCAAGUUCUCUUUCAAUGUCAACAAAAAAACCGACGAUCAAACUGAGAUGACCGGCGAAUUCGUGGGCGAUGUUCAGCAUUUUUGCGAUUACGAUGAGGCGGUUGCGAAAUGUUUUCAACUUCUCGAAGCCUGUUAUAUUCCGGUGGGCGGGAAGCCAUCGAAAGACGACGAGGACUCGUUUCAAAAAUUGGCCGGAGCGUUGCACGAUUUCAAGGCGCAUUUUCAGAAUACACCACAAUCUGCAGCGCUGGACACAUUUGAUACGAAUAUGAAGGCGGCGUGUUCGGCGAGAAAGGCGCAUCAGAAGGAUCAGAAGUAUCAGUUGAGACAUUUGAGAAGAUUUCAUGUGGAUGAUUUUCAGAAAUUUCUUACACAACGGAAAGCGUUUGAUGAGUGAGUUAGGGGAACUCUGGGGCCCCCUGGACCUUCCCAACUUCUAGAUUUGUCACGUCACAACUUCCAGAUCUCGCAAACGAAUGGAUCAGGCAAAAGUGGAUGUUCGAGACGCCAAAACAACGGCGCAAAUUGAGAAAAAAGCAAUUUGUUAUCAAAUGGCUGUGGAUGAUUUCGAUGCGCAAACUGAACUUGUAAGCUUCCCAUAAAUUUAGGAACUUCAAAAUUCCGAUUCAAAAAAUUUUCCAGCUCAUCAAAUUGAUUGACGGUUUGCCGAAAAUCAAGCAAACCAAUUGCCACGAUAUAUUGAUGUUUUUGACGAAACACAAAGUUUUUCAUGCUGAUAUGGUUCGCUUCUACAAAAUUGCAUGA